AUGGUAUCUGCAUCGUCAUACCACGGACAACUGCUUAAGCCGUGGACACCUCCAGCACAAAAAGCCUAUAUCUUCACCAAUGUCAACCUAGUGGAUGUCGAGGCCGGCGUAAUUCACGAGAAUGCUACUGUCAAACUGUCCGGAGGACGAAUCGAACAGGUCAAGCUUCAACACAGCUCCGAGGGCAUGCUCAAAUCGUCCAAUCUUGCUGACGUCGCGACACGAGUCGAUCUUCGAGGAAAAUACCUCUGUCCGGGAUUGUUCGAUUGCCAUGUCCACAUCAUUGCAGUGCCUGGCGAAAUACAAUGGCAAGAUACUAAAUCUCUGAACCCAACGACAUCAGCCUACAGACACGCGCAUGUUUGUAAGCAAAUGCUCGAUAGAGGCUUUACCACAGUAAGAGAUUGCGGCGGAGCGCAAUUAUCUCUUAAGCAAUCGAUCGAAGAUGGCCUUGUGCAGGGACCUAGAAUGUUCAUCGCGGGCAAUUUCCUGAGCCAGACAGGCGGGCACGGAGAUACGCGAGGCUCCCACGACCACUCAAACAUUGAAUGCUGCGGCGGCGGCUCAUCAAAUUUCCCAUCCUUUAUUUGCGACGGUGUGCCAGAGUGCUUGCGCGCAACGCGCGAAAACAUUCGUACCGGAUCCGACUUUAUCAAAAUCAUGGGGGGAGGUGGUGUUUGCAGCCCGACAGACCGUAUCGACAAUGUUCAGUUCACGUCGGAAGAAAUCAGCGCCAUUACAACAGUCGCCAAAAACAGCCAGACGUAUGUGACUUCUCAUGCGUAUACCCCGCAAUCCAUUCGGCAAGCGAUGGAGAACGGAGUAAUGGGUAUCGAGCAUGGCAACAUGAUCGAUAAGGAGACAGCAGAGUUGAUGGCCCAGAAGGGCGCAUAUCUCACCCCAACUCUGGUAACCUACACUGCGAUGGGCGAUGAAACGUUUACUGGAUACAUGCCUGCCGAGUCCAUGGAGAAGAAUGCGGAGGUAUACGUGGCGGGGCUGCGAGGUCUUAAAAUUGCUGCGGACGCUGGGGUAAACAUAUGCUACGGUUCUGAUCUUCUCGGACAUCUCGGUGUACGCCAGCUCGAUGAGUUCACCAUCCGAAGUAAAGUGCUACCUCCUCUGGCAAUCUUACGAAGCGCGACCAUCACCCCCGCCAAGAUGAUGCGGCAGGAAAACUUUCUGGGGCAGAUCAAGCAAGGCUUCGCUGCGGAUUUGCUGAUUCUGAACGCAAAUCCUUUGGAAGACAUAUCGGUUUUAGCACAGCCGGAGAGAAAUCUCUUGGCUGUCAUUAAAGACGGUAGAGUGUGUACGAGUAGAUGGAGCUUGCUUGACGAGGAUGCUCACGUGGUACGGCCGUUUAUAGAAUAA